UAAGGUCGCUGCGAGGGGUAACCUUUUUUUGUGUCCAGCUGAAAACGAUUUAAAACAUGAAAAAAUGGCAAAGAAUAAAUCAACGGUGUAUUUAGGCUACGAUGAUGAAGAAAUUACGGCCAAGCAGGCUGCAUUACUCAAUAGCUGCACAAAUAAAAUAGGUGGAGAACCCAAUUGGCCGCGACAUGAAGUUACCGUGCCCGCCUGCCCACUGUGCGGCAUGGUACGUCCUUUGAUUGUCCAGAUGUAUGCGCCCCUGGACCGUUCGCAAUUUCAUCGCAAUCUCUAUGUAUUUGCCUGCGUGAGCCCAGCUUGUUCGCAGAACCAGAAGAGUUGGGUGUGCGUGCGCACUCAGCAUUUGGAUAAUCAGUUUGAUGUCAUCAGCGAGCAGUCGCCCAAGUUGGUCAGCAAGCUGAACAAGAAGAAGAACAAGUCAAGUGCCUCGCCAAAGGUGAACUGGUGUAGCGGAGCUGAUGACUGGGGCUGGGGCGAGCCGGAAAUCGUGGACGAGGCCAUGGAUCAGACGGCGGAUGAUGAGCAGAACGAGCGCAAUGGCAAUGUUAGGCCAAGUGCCUUGCAAUAUGAGAAGGCCGAUGAUGACAUCGAGAUCUCAGGAACUGGGGCGCACGAUGCAGCCAAGUUGGGCGAUGAUGAUGAUGACGAUGAGAGUACCUCUCUUGAAAAUGAUUUGGUCUGCGGGUUUGGUCAAAUUGAUAUGAACUCACCAGAGAAAGCUGGCGAGGAUCCGAAUGCCAAUUGUGCUGCUGCAAUUGUGGCUACAGCGAGUGGCGAUGUAGCCGGCGCAGGUGCCACGGCAUUGAUAUGCGCGGAAAUCGAGGGACCCGAAACGGAUGUUGUGCUAGUUGAUACACCAAAGAAACCGGAGCGAGAUCUUAUUGCGCUGCUGAAGCAUACCUCGUUGCCGGCCACGCUGGGACCGCUGUCCCAGAUCAAGGACCUCACGCUAAAGCCCAUUUACAUUGCUGUGGAUGUGGAGACCAAUGCGAAGCAGGAGGAGUAUGAGAACUAUGGUGGUCUACUUUCAAUGGAUCACAUACGCGAUUUAUAUCAAGAGUACAAGCUGCAGGAUGAGAAUCCAGCGCGUUCGCCAAUUGCCGACGCCGCAUCAGUUGCGGGCGGCAGUGAGGCGUGCGAAGAGCAGGAGGCGUACGAGAAGGCGCUGCCCGCCCAUGGUGAUGUGGUGUUUCACAAUUUUAUCACAACUAUACAACAAAAUCCAGGCCAGAUAUUGAGAUAUUCCCGUGAUGCAUAUCCACUGUUGGUGGCACCGCUUAACGAGCCGCUGCCAAAGUGUCAAAACUGCAAGGGUGAAACCAUAUGUGAGGUGCAGCUGCUGCCCACGCUAAUCCCAAAGCUGCGAUUCCAACUGAAUUCCUGCAAUGCGCCAAUCGAAUAUGGCAAUGUGUUAGUUUUUACUUGCCUCAAGAGCUGCUGGGAUACGCCCGAUCAGAUGCGCUAUGAGCACGUAGUGGUGCAGUCCGAAACAUAGAUCAAUUACGCAGCCAGUC